AUAGAUAGAUAGAUAGAUAGAUAGAUAGAUAGAUAGAUAGAUAGUGAGCUAUUCUAUUGUAGUUUAAUUCAUUAAUUGUUUGUUUGUGUUUACUGCAGUAAAUAUAAGGACUGAGGAGGACAACACCAUCCUGCCAUUGACUUCUGGUGCAUGAGCCCAUGCAACAAAUGGAGACAUUAUCAAAAGCAGAUGAGGCAUUUCCUUCACCUCCACCUUACUUCUUACCAGAUGAGUGUCAAACAAAUGUGAAGAUCUACCAUAUCCAUUCACCCUUCAGUCCUCCUCCACCACCACCACCUCCUUCUUUCUCCUAUUCCCCAGGAGAAGGCCACUUCAAUCAGACUCACUUGCCUGUUCCAGUGUCUGGCCCGCCUCUAUCCACCCCUAGGCCAAAGUUUAUGAGCUAUGAGGUAGAACUGCAUCAUUCUCCGGGCCUGACCAUCUGCCCCUCCUGUCAGACACAGGUCACCACGCAGGUCUCCUACAAAGUAGGGACACACGCGUGGCUCAUGUGUCUUGUGUUUGUGCUGUGCGGGUUGGUGUUGGGAUGCUGCUUGAUUCCAUUUUUUGUGAACCACUUCAAGGAUGCCCAUCACUCUUGUCCUCGCUGUGGACGGGUUCUCCACGUGCACAAGAAGACGUGUUGUGGCUGACUUUGGGGCAUUUGUGAUCACUGCAGCAAAAUGCUUACAUAUGUAUCAAAGUCAA